AUGGAUAUUCCCGUGAAUGUGCCCAUUGAUAAUCCAAACGCGGACACAGAAUGGAACGAUAUUCUUCGGAAACAUGGAAUCAUACCCGAGAAGCCUCCGUCUCCUACACCCAUCAUACAAGAAGCCAUUGAAAAAGCCCGCCAGCUCGAGCACGAGAAUCGGCUUGAGGAUAAGACAUUGGAUGAGCUAGAUGCCCUCGAGGAUGAAGAAGACGAGGAAUUUCUAGAGCAAUACCGGCAAAAGCGUUUCCAGGAACUUUCGCGGAUACAACAGACCAGCAUUCACAACCAAGUCUAUCCGCUCCAAAAGCCAGAUUACUCUAGAGACGUCACCGAAGCAUCUUCCAAAUACUACGUGCUAGUACACCUGACCUCUUCAUUGGGCAACAACAUAGAAUCCCGCAUACUUACCGACAUAUGGCGACAACUGGCCGCUAAGUACGGGGAUAUCAAAUUCUGUGAGAUGCGCGCUGACCUAUGUAUCGAGGGCUACCCCGAGAGGAACACACCCACGAUACUCGUCUACAAGGACGGCGAUAUUAAGAAGCAGAUUAUCACACUGCGCGAUCUGAACGGAGCACGGACCCGUGCCGAGGAUGUGGAAAAAGUGCUUGUCGAGCUGGGCGCAUUGGAUGAGCACGAUAGCCGGCUGAAGCAGACGUCUAGUACGCCGAAGCCGGUAGAGAGAGCCGAUGAUGAUUACGACGACUGGGAUUGA